AUGACAGGAACUUCACUGUCUAAACCUGGUGUUACACCUCCAACCAAGCUUCAAUUAGCCCUAGCAUUGGCUGUUCUCAAGGGAAAACCACCAGGCCAAAGCGUGAAAGACUACAUUUUGCAAGUUCGACAGUUCAUUAAAAAGACCAAAGAUUUGGACCAAGGUGUUAUGACGGACAAGUUCUUUGACAGCGUCUCCUUCUGGCAACAAGCAUACGAACGAUCCGAGGCAGGACAAAGCAAGCUACAAGAUCAAGUUCAUGAACUUAACCAGCGUAUUGAGGGCCUUCUUGCCAAACUGCAUGCCAAAGGCAUUGGAAAUGAAAAUGAGAGUGUGCCGGCGAACAAACGAAAGGCGCCUGCAGCUGCCAAGAAUGCGAAUAGUUCGAAUACGGCUAGGAAACGCACAAAGCUACCCAAAAGUCUGCAGAAAAGCAUCCCAUUGAUGGACGGUGAAGAUUCAGGAGAAGAAGAUGAUGGUACUUGGUUCCCCUUUCGCAAACGAGUCACCAUGAUAACUAAUGUCAUUGUAGUCUUAUGUCUUAACAGACAGCUGCAUACUGUCCAGAAAGCCCUACAAAGAAGGGCAACCAGUAGUGCUGAAACCAAUUCCCUGGCCGUGGAUGCAGCUAUUCUCUGCAAAUCUGCAGAGCAGAGACUAAUCCAAACCAUCCAGAACGAGAUCAGUAUGACGGGACAGAAACCUUCCCAAACCGAGCAGGCCAAUACGCCGGAUACAGAUACUGUUAUCAAAGGUGUGACAGUUGCUUUCCAUCUCACACACAAAGCGUUGCACAAAAUAGCUGGAGCCGAGAAUGGCAUACAGCACCAAGGUCAGGCCAUCUUCUACCUAGUAGGUCUUUUUGAAUCAACCAUGACAGCACUCACUCUCCAUUGCACUGCACUAUCCAAGCAAAAACCAGUCACCAAAACCAAAUCGGGCAGAGACUCGAAGUCAGUCACCGGAACCGAGGAACAAAACAAACGUACAAAAGAGAAGAGUUCACCUACCAAGAAUGAGAUAGCCUCCCACCUCGCAGACCUGCUCUGCACGAUGGCACUAUCCCUCAAUCUAACCCGUACCGAAGACAAAGAAGUAAUGGAAGGGUUUCUAUUUUUGGUCCUCGAUCGCAUGGGCAAAGUGCUAGCUCUCCACGUCUUCCAUGACCUGCGACUGCCAAUGGGCCUCUGCCCCGGGAUGACAUUCCCAGAUGGACUGGAAGCAAUGACCGACGAGGGUCUUAUGCCGAACGAGGCACAACUGGAAGCCAAGUAUCUCGUUCGGCUUCUCGAUAGAAUGCUUAACUCUGAAUCCCGUGAAUCGGCCCUCGAGGCAUCGGCUGCUCGUCAAUUUGUUGGAAAUGCCAAAGAUCGUCUGCAAAAGACUCUCCUCCGGGCUGUUUUCGGACCUGAUGAUCGUUUGUUUCGGGAGGGUCUGCGGCGUCCGCAUACCCCGCCUCCUCAGGUACUUGAUGAUCAACAUAUGGAUCAGGAGAAGUUUUCGGAUUGGCUUACACAGGAGCUGUGGCGGCUAGUUGGUUGGGAUGUGUUGAGGACUGUGCUUGCUUCAACCUAA